AUGGGACAAAGUACCUCCGAACAAGAGGUCCAAGAGGCGCCACCUCCAAAGGCCCCAGAGGAUGGGUUUAAUGACAUCCAAUCUUUGGUGGAGGAGGAGCUUCAGACGAGCAUGUUUGCUUUUACCUCUCAGAUUGUAGGAAUGGUCAUUGGGGCCGGGAUCGCCAUAGUUCUCAUUGCCAUCCUCAUUUUCUUUGUUCUGCGGAGGAUGAAACUUCGAAAUGAAGAAACGGAGGAAACGCCAAAGUAUCGCUUUCGUAAAAGGGACAAAGUUAUGUUUUAUGGUCGAAAGAUUAUGCGAAAGAUGUCACAAUCUACCUCUUCUCUGGUGGGUACAUCCUCCACGUCUCGUCCCCGAAUGAAAAAGAAGCAGAAGAUGAUAAACAUUGCCAAAAAGAUCCUGCGCUUUCAGAAAGAGGUGCCCAUCCUUCAGGCGAAGGAGCCCCCUCCCUCAGUGCUGGAGGCGGACCUCACAGAGUUUGAUGUGGCCAACUCCCACCUGCCCUCAGAGGUGCUCUACAUGCUCAAAAAUGUCCGAGUGCUGGGUCACUUUGAAAAGCCACUUUUCCUUGAGCUUUGUAAGCACAUGGUGUUCCUGCGCUUCCAACAAGGAGAGCAUGUGUUCAGACCAGGCCACCCCGACAGCAGCAUCUACGUCGUGCAGGAGGGGAAGCUCGAACUGUGCCUUACUGGACUGGAUGGCAAAGAGAAUGUGGUGAAGGAGGUGUAUGCUGGAGACAGUGUUCAUAGCCUUCUCAGCAUCUUGGACGUCAUCACCGGUCACCAGAAGCCUUAUAAGACUGUCUCGGCUCGGGCUGCGGAGGUCUCCACUGUCCUACGUUUACCAGUCGAAGCCUUCCUCUCUAUAUUUGAGAAGUACCCUGAGAGCCUUGUGCGAGUAGUACAAAUUAUUAUGGUUCGUCUCCAAAGAGUCACUGUCCUUGCCCUGCAUAACUACUUAGGGCUGACCAACGAGCUCUUCUGUCAUGAAAUGCAGCCCUGUCGUCUCCCUCCUCCGUCACCUCAUCCGACUCGCACCAGUCCGAUCCGCCACGGGAAGCGCUUCAGCAGCUUGACAGUGCCAGAGGAGCACAGGGAAGCUGCUGUCAAAGAGGCUGCAGCAAUGGAGCAAGGCAAGGAUGGUGCAUCAGUGCCAAGUCUUAGCAGAGCAACUUCCAUGCCUGUGGAUAUUGCUGGUAUUCAGAAAAGUCUAAAAUCCGACUUUGACAUGGCGUAUGAAAGAGGCCGUAUCUCCAUUUCUGCUGAGGAUGGAAACACUCCUCCACAAACAUCAAAGUUUGUUGGACCUCAGGACCAGAGGGAGCGUAAAGUGACAGUGGAUGAAGUUCCUUCUGGGAUUUACCUGUAUCCUGAUGAGUCUGGGGUUGAUCACAUUUUCACUCCAGUUUCUGCCAAAUCUAGCGCUGCUCUGUUUGAGGAAGCCCAGAAAGAGAUCCUCAAACUCAUGAGGAUAGAGGAUCCUUCAUUGCUGAAUGGAAGAGCAACUCUUCAUUAUGCUAAAGCUGGUUCUAUAUUAGCCAGACAAGGGGACCAGGAUGUGAGUCUGCACUUUGUCCUCUCCGGGUGCCUGCAUGUUUACCAGCGCAUGAUCAACAAACAGGAGGCGGUGUGUCUGUUUGUGACCCACCCGGGGGAGAUGGUGGGACAGCUGGCGGUGCUCACUGGAGAACCCCUAAUAUUCACCAUCAAAGCCAUUCGGGACUGUACUUAUCUCAAGAUCUCUAAGUCAGACUUCUAUGAAAUCAUGCGGGAGCAGCCCAGUGUGGUCCUGAUGGCAGCUCACACUGUGGCCAUUCGUAUGUCGGCCUUUGUCAGACAGAUGGACUUCGCUAUUGACUGGAUGGCUGUGGAAGCUGGAAGAGCACUUUAUAGACAAGAUGACAAGUCAGAUUGCACGUAUAUAGUGUUAAAUGGCCGUCUGCGCUCAGUCAUCAGAAAGGCAAAUGGGAAGAAAGAACUGGUUGGAGAAUAUGGUAGAGGAGAUCUUAUUGGAGUGGUGGAAGCUUUGACCAAACAGCCACGGGCCACCACUGUCCAUGCAGUCAGGGACACAGAGCUGGUCAAACUGCCAGAGGGAACACUCAAUAACAUCAAAAGACGAUAUCCACAGGUGGUGACGAGGUUGAUCCACUUGUUAGGCCAAAAGAUUUUGGGAAACCUUCAGCAGGGACGAGGGCCUUUCACAGCCUCUGCUCUGGGGCUGCCCAGUGUUGCCACCAGUGCAGAUGUGACCAACCCCUCCAGUAACCUCUCCACGGUGGCCGUGCUGCCAGUGGGCGACGAGGUGCCGGUUAGCGCGUUUAACCUGGAGCUCAGCCACGCUCUCAGUGCCAUCGGACCAACUUUACUGUUAACCAGUGAAAUCAUAAGAGAGAGGUUGGGUGCCUCUGCAUUGGACAGUAUCCACGAGUACCGUCUGUCCGGCUGGCUGGCCCAGCAAGAGGACAUUAAUCGGAUCGUCCUGUACCAGACGGACAGCAGCAUGACCCCCUGGACUCAGCGCUGUAUCCGACAGGCAGACUGCAUCCUCAUCGUGGGCGUGGGCGACCAGGAGCCUGCACUUGGAGAGCUGGAGCAGAUGCUAGAGAACACCGCAGUGCGAGCUCUGAAGAAGAUGGUGAUCCUGCACAGAGAGGACGGCCCGGACCCAGCGCGGACAGUGGAGUGGCUCAACAUGAGAAGCUGGUGCUCAGGCCACCUCCACCUUAAGUGUCCCCGCAGGGUCUUUUCCCGACGUAGCCCCAGCAAACUGAGGGAAGUGUAUGAGAAGGUUUUUGAGAAGACAGCGGACAUACAUAGUGAUUUCUCUCGGCUGGCUCGAGUCCUGACCGGGAACAGCAUUGCUCUGGUGUUGGGAGGCGGUGGUGCCAGAGGCUGUUCUCAUGUUGGAGUAAUUAAAGCCAUGGAGGAAGCGGGAAUUCCUAUUGACAUAGUAGGAGGGACUUCAAUAGGAUCAUUCAUUGGUGCACUGUACGCAGAGGAGAGGAGCGCUGUUCGGACCAAACAAAGAGCCCGGGAGUGGUCCAAGGCAAUGAAUUCAGUUUUUAAGACCGUCCUGGAUUUGACCUAUCCCAUCACCUCAAUGUUCUCUGGCUCUGCUUUCAACACCAGUAUAUACAAGGUUUUCCAAGACAAACAAAUUGAGGACUUGUGGUUGCCAUAUUUCAAUGUCACAACUGACAUCACCGCCUCAGCCAUGCGAGUCCAUCUGGAUGGUUGCGCCUGGCGCUAUGUCAGGGCCAGCGCCUCCUACACCCCUUAUUUACCCCCCCUCUGCGACCCCAAGGACGGCCACUUGCUUGUGGAUGGUUGCUAUGUUAACAAUGUCCCAGGCUCUCUAUGGCGCUAUGUGCGUGCCAGCAUGACCCUGUCGGGGUACCUGCCACCCCUCUGUGAUCCCAAAGAUGGAAACUUACUCAUGGACGGGGGCUACAUCAACAACCUGCCAGCUGACAUUGCGAGGAACAUGGGUGCCAAAACUGUCAUCGCGAUCGACGUGGGGAGUCAGGAUGAGACCGACCUGUGUAACUAUGGAGACUCCCUUUCGGGAUGGUGGUUGCUCUGGAAACGCAUCAACCCUUGGGCCGAGAAAGUUAAGGUGCCGGACAUGGCGGAGAUCCAGUCCCGCUUGGCUUAUGUGUCAUGUGUGCGGCAGUUGGAGUUGGUGAAGAAAAGUGCCUACUGUGAGUACAUCAGACCUCCCAUCGACCGCUUCAAGACCAUGGACUUUGGGAAGUUUGAUGAGAUCCAUGACGUGGGUUUCCAACACGGUAAGCUGUUGUUCACGGGUUGGGCUCGCGGAGACAUUAUCCAGAACAUGCUGAAGGACCAUCGCUCGGCCGACUACAAAGACAGCAAGAAAACAGAUUCUUGCACUUGUCCAGAUGCAGACUUCACUGACCUUGCAGAAAUCGUAUCCCGGAUCGAGCCGGUUCAGACUUUUGUGGCGGCAGACGAGGAGUCGGACUGUCUGACGGAGUACGAGGAGGACGGGAUGGACACCGUGAGGGAGGAGGAGACCGACGACCACUCACCAGGAGACUGGGGCCCUAAUGGUGUUUUUCACACGGAUGAAGAAAAAUCUGUGCGUCAACGCCGUAAACUCGCCAGUGACUCAAACCUAUCGGAGGUGUCGGACAGCUGA